AUGAAUAAAUUAUUUCGCUUUGCCAAAGUGAUUGCAAAAUCGAUUUUCAAACCUGUUUAAACAAGUUUUUAUAGGAUUCCUUAAAUUAAUCAAGUUAUAAGUGAUGAUAAUAGAAAGAAACACUCAUUUAAUACACUCGCAUUCUAGAAUCAUUUGCAAAUAAUUUACUUAUAAAAUUAAGUACAAAUACAAUAAAAAGUAUAAGCAGGCCUCUCGGAAUUAGUAAAAAUCAAUGCCUAGUUAUUAAAAUAAACAAAUUAUGUCAGGUUUGCAGGAGACUAUAGUCCUUGCGUUAACCCCGAAUAGUUUGUUCAUGCUUUAUAGUUUUAUAGAUAUGGAGCCGUGGCUUAAUUCUAUAGUAUCGACGAUUUGGAGACAACCAACAGCGGUUACGAAUCAGACCCAGAGGUUGAAUUUUAGGAUAGCCAGAUUCUAUGAAGCAAUGGCUAGCCAAUGGAUUUAUUCUGAUGGUUUUAUUUAAAAUGGCUUUUAUUUUAAUCAUCUUUUA